UUAACACAGGUGUGCAGACCAGGGGAGUAGAAGAGGAUUUAGAGCACACACAGGGGUUUGGCACACUGGGUCUAAGAUACAACACAUCUUGGCCCUAGCCCUGGACUGUCUGCCUGGUUGGCCAGAUAGUGCCAGGAUUGGCCCAGGGUGCCCUGAGCACAGAUUGAGAGCUCUCCCACAAAAUAGUUGUAACAGGUAUGCUUACACACUUGAGGAAGCUACAGCAUUUAUUGGAAAUAAUUUGUUUAUGGUUUAAGUGAUAAACUUUUAACCUAAAACCUCUAAAAUUCUGUCUCAGCCUUUCUACCAUGUUCACAGAGAACUAUAAUAUUGGAAAGUAUUUUAGUCAUCUGCAGCCUCAGUUUGGAGAUUUUGUGGGAGUGUCUUACUACUGACCUUUCGAUGUGUACUGUUUUAAUUUCAUACUCUGUAGGAUUUGGGGUUGGAGCUGUGUUCCGGAGUUCAUCUGGACUCACCAUGCCGCUGGCUGUCGGAGGCCCCCCUGACUACACCCCCCCAGAUGGAGGCUGGGGGUGGGCAGUGAUGGUCGGAGCUUUCAUUUCUGUUGGCUUCUCUUGUUCCUUUGCCAAAUCCAUUACGAUAUUUUACAAGGAAAUUCAAGACAUAUUUCAUGCCAGCACCAGUGAGGUAUCAUGGAUCUCCUCCAUCAUGUUUGCCGUCAUGUAUGCUGGAGAAAAGUGGUGAUGGUCCCAUCAGCAGUACCCUGGUGAACAAAUAUGGCAGUCGCCCAGUGGUAAUAGCUGGCGGCUGCCUGACUGGUAGUGGCCUGAUUGCGGCGUCUUUCUGCAACACUGUGCAGGAGCUGUACUUGUGUAUCGGGGUCAUUGGAGGUCUCGGGCUUGCCUUAAACUUGAAUCCAGCUCUGACCAUGAUUGGCAAGUAUUUCUACAAGAAGAGACCGCUGGCAAAUGGACUGGCCAUGGCAGGUAGCCCCGUAUUUCUCUCAACUGUGGCCCCCCUCAACCAGAUUUUCUUUGAUACAUUUGGCUGGAGAGGAAGCUUUCUGAUUCUUGGGGGCAUAUUGCUAAACUGUUGUGUAGCUGGAUCUCUCAUGCGGCCAAUCGGGCCCAAACCAGCCAAAGUAGAGCAAGAGAGGCCCAAAGAACCUCUUCAGGAAGCUGGAAAAUCUGAGGCAGGAAAGAAGUCCAGUGAGGCAAAUACAGAAAUGAAUGGUAGAAACCUCAAAGCAGAGAAACCAUCGUUCUUCCAAACCAUUAAUAAAUUCCUGGACUUAUCCCUGCUCAGGCACAGAGGAUUUAUAUUUUACCUCUCUGGAAAUAUGUUAAUGGCUUUUGGUCUGACCGCACCUCUGGUCUUUCUUAGUAACUAUGGAAAGAGUAAGCAUUUCUCAAGCGAGAAGGCUGCCUUCCUUCUUUCCAUUCUUGCUUUUGUUGACAUGGUAGCCAGACCAUCGAUGGGGCUGGUAGCCAACACAAAGCGCAUAAGACCUCGAAUCCAGUACUUCUUUGCUGCUUCUAUUAUUGCAAAUGGAGUGUGUCAUAUGCUAGCACCUUUAUGCUCAACAUAUAUUGAGUUUUGUAUCUACGUGGGAUUCAUUGGAUUUGCAUAUGGAUGGCUCAGCUCAGUACUGUUUGAAACACUGAUGGACCUCGUGGGACCGCAGAGAUUCUCCAGUGCCAUGGGAUUGGUGACCAUUUUGGAAUGCUGCCCUGUGCUCUUGGGGCCACCGGUGUUAGGUCAUCUCAAUGAUGUAUAUGGAGACUACAAAUACACAUACUGGGCAAGUGGUGCAAUCCUAGUUAUUUCAGGCAUCUAUCUCUUCAUUGGCAUGGGAAUCUACUACCGACUUGUAGCGAAAAAACAGAAAGCAAAGAAGACGAUGGAAAAUGAAGAGGAGGAGCAAAAAGCAGUCAAGAUAACGGAAUCUUCAGGCACGGGAGGCCCCACAGUGAAGAGUGUUCUCCUCUGAGUUCAUAGACAAGCAGUGCAGCCCUGAGCCUGCUCUCUAGCCCCAGAGAGUGACAUUUUAUUCCUUUCCUUCAUAGCAGUUCUAAUGUGAAUAUAUCGUUCUUCGGGUGCUAUGCAUAUGUGAAAGAUGAGAAGAGCAAUAGCUUUUAUGUGGUCUUGUUUUUAAAAUUUUUAUUAAUUAAAGA